CUUCAAACCGAAACGCAUUACUGCUUUACGGCAGAAAUAGGCAGGGUGGCGGUGCCUACCCGUGCGGACUAGUGCUACACUUACUUAUCAUUGUGUACGUUUAGAAUAUUAAUGAAAUUAGAAACGAUCCAACUCCACCACUUUGCCGGUGUAAGAAUCGCUCGGCUGCUUGUUUUGCCCUUGUUGCCCGCAUCAAAUUUAAUAAAUAUUUUUUUAAUCAUUAAUAUAAUUAUUAUUAUUGUUAUAUACCUACUUGCUAAAUGUACUAAGAUACACUUUAUAUGAAACAUAGAGUGGAUUGACCCAGGUGAUUUAUCUGAAACUAAAAUUGGGAUGAAAUUGAAUGAAAUGAAGUGAAAUGGGAUGAGAUGAAAGGAAAUAAGGUUCCAGUAAAAUCCCCAUCAUCGUGAUCAGUCAAAUCAUCGACUUUUUGGGAGAACCCGAAAAGCCAUGGCUAGCUAGAAGCAAAGCUAAACGUACACCUGAAGAACCACUAGAAACAAAAACAAUUUAAACGACAAUACAAAAAAAAUACAACAAUUCACGUUCUUCAUCUAUUCUAUUAGCCCACAGACGUCCACUGCUGAACAUAGACAUCUUUUAAGCCUUGCCACAAAGUUCGGUCAUGAACUCAUGACAUAAAAAAUUAAUACGCAGAUAGAGAAAAGAAAUGAUGUGUCGUGCAUACACUUAUGUUGUAAUUAUACUUGAGAACUUAGAACUUAUAUCUCAAGGAUGUCUAUGGGCACCAGUAACCACUUAACACCAGGUGGGCUGUGAGCUUGUCCACUCAUCUAAGCAAUAAAAAAAAACUUAAUCUAAUACAUUCGGUUUCUUUUAAUCUCAAUAUAAAAUUACCUACAAAGUGUUCAUUUUCUAUUGUCUAAUUUUUCAGUGCUUUCCAAUAAAUUAAUUUAAAAACCUUUAAAACUAGCAACCCUGAUCAAAACCACAAAGAAUAUAGAACUGCGGCAGCAAAGAAAAUGGCUGCUAAGUUUCAUGUCGUAACGUUAAAAUCGAUGCGUUGUUUUUUGAGUGUAACUUCGUUUAUGAAUCUAAAAUGCAAAUAUUUUAUGUCCAACAAAUAAGUGAAGUGAUCUUUGCGUGGAAUUCUCUAAUUAGUUUACCUACGGCUUGAAUUAUGUAAGCAGGAACCGUUAAACAACGAUAGCAUCGACGAAAAUGGGAGACUCUCGAUUGUUAUUGUUUAUAACAAUGAGCUUGUUCCUUAGUUCAUCGACUCUGGGGGAAAUUUACUUUUGCCCAUUAGAAUGCGCCUGUCUGCAUUUAUAUGUCGAUUGUUCAAAGAAGAAUUUGGUGUCUGUGCCAAAAAUUCCUGAGUGGGCGGAGCAAUUGGACCUCAGUCAUAAUAAACUAAAUAAUGUCACGAAUGAAUUGAAUACGCUAUCGAAUUUAAAAGUAUUAAAACUCGACAAGAAUAAUAUGAACAAUAUACCGAACCUCCAGUUGGACGAAAUACUAGAACUAAACCUCAAUAGAAAUAACAUUGUAUCAAUAGACACGAAUCAUUUUCCGGAAAAUAGCUCUUUGAAAAUAUUAAAUCUCAACAGUAAUCACAUAAUGACGAUACAUGAAGGAGCUAUUGAUAAUUUAUCCAACUUGGAAGUAUUGAAAUUAAACAGAAAUGAGAUUAAAUCUCUCCCAAAUCAUUUAUUCAAGUAUCAAACAAAUUUGAGAAUUCUAGAACUGAAUCACAAUAAAUUGCAUGUUAUCAAUGCACUGCUUUUUCAAGGAUUAUCAAAUUUGACUACUUUGAAACUUAGAUUUAACAACAUAGAUAAAAUAAUGGAUGGUGCCUUUUUCGGAUUUAAAUCAAUGAACCUAUUGCAAUUGGAUCAUAAUAAAAUCAGAGGUAUAUCAAAAGGGUGGAUGUAUGGCCUUGAAUCUUUGACAACAUUAUCUAUGUCCAACAACUUGAUAUCUAAUAUUGAUCUAGGAAGCUGGGAACUGUGUGCAAAUUUAGAGGUUCUUGAUUUAUCACACAAUCAUUUGAUAGAAAUAGAGGGGCGUACCUUUCAACACCUAAUAAACCUUGAAACAUUAAAUCUUAGUAACAAUAAUAUAUCAUCUAUUUCACAAGAGUCCUUCAGUUAUAUGGCUCAUCUUAAAGCACUUUAUUUGAAUAACAACAAAAUUUCUUGGACUGUAGAAGACAUGUCUGGGCCUUUCUCAAAAUUACAAAAUUUACACUUCUUUAACUUAGCAAGUAAUCAUAUAAAGUCUAUAAACUCCAGGGCAUUUGAUGGUCUUUCCAAUCUAUUGGAGUUAAAUUUGGCUGGAAAUAACAUAACAUCUAUUCAGCAGCAUGCAUUUAAUUCUAUGACAAACCUGAAAAAACUACACAUGAACUCGUCAUCGCUACUCUGUGACUGUAAUUUGUUAUGGAUUGUUAAAUGGAUAAAAGAAAAAGCUGAGCAAAAAUUUAUCACUGCUACUUGUGCAUACCCCUCUGAAGUCAGAGGUGUGUCAAUUACAAAACUGAAAGAGGAAAACUGUGGAGAUUCGCCAAAACCAAAAAUUGUAGAGCAUCCUAAAACACAGCUUGCAAUUAAAGGGCGUUCUGCUAGUCUAGUUUGUUCUGCAACAGCAAAUCCAUUUAAUAAUAUGUCAUUCCUGUGGAGGAAAAAUAAUGGGAAUGUCAGCAAUCCCACUGUAUAUGCAAAUGUGACAUUAUCACAGAGUGGUCAACCUCGUGCAACAUCUACCCUAAUUAUACCUAACAUCUCACAAGGAGAUUCUGGUAAAUACCAAUGUGUUGUAACAAAUAAUUUUGGAACUACAUAUUCUUCAAAAGCAAAAAUGAAUAUUGUCACAUUCCCUAGGUUUAUAAAAACACCAACAAAUGUGACUGUUAAAACUGGUGAAACUGUCACACUGAACUGUGCAGCUACUGGAGACCCUACUCCAGAGAUAUCAUGGAAAAAAGAUGGGGGGAAUGACUUCCCUGCAGCUAGAGAAAGAAGAAUGAAUGUUAUGCCGGAUGAUCAUUUAUUUUUUAUUGUUAAUGUAAAGACAACAGAUAUUGGUGUUUACAGUUGCGCUGCAAAAAAUCCUGCCGGCACUAUUGUGGCUAAUGCUACAUUGACAGUAUUACAAGAACCUUCAUUUGCUAAGGUAAUGGAAAACAAAGAAGUCAUCAGUGGAGACUCAGUUGUUUUACAAUGUAUGAUUUCGGGAUCACCUAAGCCAGUUUUGAAAUGGCUAAAAGAUGAUACUCCAGUUGUCCCUGGCGAAAGACAUUUCUUAGUUAAUGAUGACCAACUAUUGAUCAUAACAGGAGUACAAUCUGACGAUGCUGGUAAAUAUGAUUGUGAGAUCACAAAUGAACUGGGAACUAAGAAACAUAUGACUCAGCUACAAGUAUUGCCACCUGUAGCAAUUAUGGUUAAUGAGGAAGAUAUGACUGGCAUCAUAAUUAUAACUGUAGUGUGUUGUGCUGUUGGAACUUCAAUAAUAUGGGUAGUAAUUAUAUAUCAUACCCGUAGGCGUAUGGCAACUGCAGUGCGUAUUCCUACAGAAAGUUUGAAAAGAACACAUAUAGUGCACAGUGACAGUGAUUCUCCACAAAUGUUUUCAGACAAUGUUUCAGAACAUUCAUCAUGUAAGGAUAGUGGGACUGGUGAUUCUGCUAAACAAACGAGCUUUGAUGGUGUUCCUAUGGAAAGGAUUGAACAAGUACACUUUGAGCCUCCUGCCACCAACCGGAGCUAUUCUCCUGUGCCUGAGGCUCAUAAACUUCUUCCAUCUUCCUUUAAACCAUCAAUUCAAGUAUGCGUUAACACGUCUGUAACGCCAGCUACUUAUAGUUUUUCUAGUCAGAGUAGUAAUGUUUAGAUAAGUAAGUAUUUAUAGACAGCAUGGCAGAUAGUGAUGAACAAUCAAUGCACUUUCACUAAUUAACUAUGGGGUCAAAAAAAACUCUUUUUAAACGCACAAAAAACUGGGUGUAAUUUUAAAAGGCAAAUUGAAUCUACUCAAGAUAAUUGAUAUUUUGUAUAAUAGUAAUGGUAAAAUAAAAAUUGUAUUUAGAUAAUUUAAACCAAUAAUUAGUGAAAAUGCACUGACAACAGGCAUGCGUAAUGUUUGAGAAUUUGAUUGCUUAGUACAAAACAAACUUGCCAGUAUUGGUUUUCAUAAAUAAGACUGAAGGUCAUUUAAUUCUUAAGUGCAUACUAUAGAAACUAUUAUAUUAUUUAAAAAUGAUGAAUGAGCAUUGUUUGUGUUAAUAAUUUUUUUAGUAGUAAUUAUAUAAUUAUGUUUUUUAUUAAUUCAUAAAAACCUGAUGUAUUUCUGUUCACAAAUGAACAAUCCCAAAAACUUUGUAUAGUUGUUCAGGGGGCCUAGCCAAAGUACAAUUUAUUAGUGUUAAUGCUAAAGUAGACAAAAAUAAAGAUUGAGAGAAGUCUAAAAUAUCAUGCUAGUAAAUGGCACUUUUUCUAGGUCUUCUGCAUGAACAAAAGUAAAGCUAAAGUAAACCAACUCCAAUAUUUGCAAUGCCAUUGAAACUGAAAGAUUUAUUUUAAUAGAAGGAUACCUAUAUUGAUUAUGUUGGAACAAUAUGUAACGAUUAAAUUUUAUAAUAAAAGCAAAUGCAAAAUUUAUAAUCCGACAAAAAAAAA